UCUAUUUUUAGAAUCAGAAUCAAAAGAAAGAAUAGAGUGCGCUUCAAAAGUGAAAAGUAAUGGUGAUGGCACAAGAACCCCAUUUCCUCAAACUCGAAAUUGAAACCACCAAUUUAAACAUAAAAACCGAAAACUCUGAAAUUGAAUCUCUCUUUCGUUAUGUCUCUUACCUACAAACUAGGGUUCUUACCACAACCAUUUCACACUGCCAGAAACCUAACUACAAACUUUCCUCCUUCACUCAGGUUUUCUGUUAAACUCAAAGGGCAACCAAAGCUCAGGACUGUUGUUGAAAUGUCGGCAACUGAAGUCACGAAUCCGACGAUCGCGUACGAUUCCUUCACAGUAAAGCCUCCUCUGCACCCUACUUACGAUUUGAAAGGCAUUAUCAAGUUGGCCCUUGCAGAAGAUGCUGGGGAUCGAGGUGAUGUAACAUGCUUGGCCACUAUUCCGUUUGACAUGGAAGUGGAAGCUUAUUUCUUGGCGAAGGAGGAUGGCGUCGUUGCUGGAAUUGCACUUGCAGAGAUGAUAUUUAAUGAGGUCGACCCUUCUCUAAAGGUGGAGUGGUCUAAAAAUGAUGGAGACUUUGUCCAUAAAGGACUGCAGUUUGGAAAAGUUCAUGGACGGGCGCAUAACAUUGUUGUAGCGGAAAGGGUAGUGCUAAACUUUAUGCAGAGGAUGAGUGGCAUUGCAACUUUAACCAAGGCAAUGGCAAAUGCAGCAUCCCCUGCAUAUAUAUUGGAGACUAGGAAAACUGCUCCGUGUUUACGUUUAUUGGAUAAGUGGGCGGUAUUAAUUGGUGGAGGUCGAAAUCAUAGGAUGGGUUUGUUUGACAUGGUUAUGAUAAAAGAUAAUCAUAUAUCAACUGCUGGUGGUGUUACAAAUGCUCUUAAAAGCGUAGACCUGUAUCUAGAGAAAAAUAGCCUUCAAUUGGAGGUUGAGGUUGAGACCAGGACACUUGAGGAAGUGGAAGAAGUAUUACAAUAUGCAUCUCAAACAAAGACUUCUUUAACUCGAAUCAUGUUGGAUAAUAUGGUUGUACCUUUACCUAACGGAGAUGUGGACAUAACUAUGCUGAAAGAAGCUGUUCGGUUGGUUAAUGGGCGAUUUGAAACUGAGGCUUCAGGCAACGUUACCAUAGAUACAGUACAUAAAAUCGGGCAAAGUGGAGUAACCUACAUUUCUAGCGGUUCCUUGACUCAUUCAGUAAAAGCACUCGACAUUUCUCUCAAAAUUGAUACUGAAUUGGCGCUUGAAGUUGGAAGGCGCACCGGAAGAGCUUGAUUAUUCUAAUGUUAUAGACACAUUAUUUUAUGUUGAUGCAUACGAUUAUGUUCUCAAAUGUCAGUUCAAUUGGUAGCCGUGUAAAAACGCAAACACUGAUGUUUUUAUUAUUGUAGUCACCGUACAUGCGAUUCAACAAUAAACUAAGCAUAAAAAACAUUAGAAAUUUCAUUCA